ACCGCCAGCAGGACUGACAGGCAGCUCGCUCCCCGGCUCCCUCCCCGGCGUAGCCGUUAGCUCGGUCGGUGCACUACCUGCUCUUUGAAUGGUUUAGCGGCGACAGGCAAAGCAGGACUGCGAUGCGAGUACUAUAAAAGGAACCGAGUUACUCUUCACGUCAAAAAAACAAACAGAAGCCACACCGAACCAAGGUGAGAGGCUGAGCGAGCGAGGGAGCGAGUAAGAGAAGGAACGAGAGAGCGAGAGAGAGAGGGGCCAUGGAGCAGCAGAGACAGAGAUCUCUCUCCACAUCAGGAGAAUCGCUAUACGUCGUGCUGGGAGUCGACAAGAGCGCCACGACAGAGGAUAUCAAGAAAUGUUACAGGAAACUGGCAUUGAAGUUUCACCCAGACAAGAACCCGGAUAACCCGGACGCAGCCGAAAAGUUCAAGGAAAUCAACAACGCCCACUCCAUCCUGAGCGACGCCACCAAGAAGAACAUCUACGACAAAUACGGCUCGCUGGGGCUUUAUGUCGCAGAGCAGUUCGGAGAGGAGAACGUCAACACCUACUUUGUUCUGUCCAGCUGGUGGGCGAAGGCCUUGUUCGUCUUCUGCUGCCUGUCCACAGGCUGUUAUUGUUGCUGUUGCCUGUGUUGCUGCUGUAACUGUUGCUGCGGUAAAUGUAAACCUCGGCCGCCCAUGGACCAGGAGCCCGAGUUCUACGUCUCCCCCGAGGACCUGGAGGCCCAGAUGACCGCUGACGAGAGAGAUGGCAGUGAGCCCAUCAUGAUGCAGCCGUCUUCAGCCACAGAAACCACCCAGCUCACGUCUGAUGCCCACCAAAGCUACAGGACCGACGCAUACUAGACACACACGCACACACACACACACACACACACACACACAGCUCACGUCUGAUGCCCACAUAAGCUACAGGACCGAUGCAUCCUAGACACACACACACACAGCUCACACCUUCUGGUAACCACAGCUACAGUAUCAUCCAUUGGUUCCAACACACACACACACACACACACACACACACACACACACACACGCACCAGCAAAUACUGCAUACAAUCACUGACAGUCAGUCAGCCAGCCCACACCUUGACCUUUAAUUCAUUAAUGUGAAGUGAGGGGAGAAGGAGGACGAGAAAUGAAGCAGGACAAAUAAACCCAAAACAAAACAAACCAAUUCUUUUAAUACUGGUUAGACAGAAUGCAACAACACCAGUGAUCCUGUCCAGAGUAACCAUGAUCUUAAGAGGGACAGAUGAGCUCAUAGUUUUGCUCCCAAUAGUCAUGGCAGAUGCAGUCAGAAGAACAGAAGGGGGACCCUGUCCAAACAUAGAGACAUGUUUACUAAAGAAUUACACAACGGUUUUAUCUGUGUGAGGUAUGCACAAAAAUGUUGAUGUUUUUUAUUACAUUUUUUUAAUUUCUAAAAAACAAUCGCAACAAAGAAAAAGCAUAAAAAUGUCAAACUUCCGCACAAAAAGAAAGUGGUAACAGAGGAAACUUUUGCAAAUUAUUUCUGCUCACAAAUUUUAGUCUGGAGGUUGUUGAGCAAACCAACUAUAUUUUGGUUAAUUAACAAAUGAGAGAUGGACCUAGAGAGAGAGAGACUUUUUUUCUCAGGACGCCGUGUCAAUGCGGGAAGCGUUUUGUCUGGCUUCCCUUGCGCUAUAAACAAGCGUAAAUGUGACUCGAAAGUGUACAUUUGUAACACUUUCUUCCGUCCUCCAGGGAUUUGGCAACCUCCACAUGCAGUCUGUGUGAUGUAACAUUUCAUCAUUUAGCCAUAUCAGUUGGGGUCCCCCACAAACAAAGGUUAUGAUGCACACUGCACAUGCGACAAACAUCGUAUGCAGACAGGUAGUAUAAGCGUUGCUGAGACUACACAAGGAUCAACCAACUUUCCAUCUAUCAACUCAAGACAUUGGCCAAGUGGAGAUGUACGCCAGGCAUCCCAGGAGAGAGCUUUUUGGACAUUUUGUUUUUCAUUCACUCAGAAACUAUUCAUGAGUGAGAAACAAGCUGUCUCCUUUUUAGCCCGUUGGGAAACACUUGGCGAGGCUUUUCUCUCAGCCCGAUGCUGGCUGGAAAUGGGUCAGUGAUCCUGUGUGUGUGUUCAGUGAGGAGUUGAUAGGACUGGGGGGGUGUGGGGAGGGGGGCUGAGGGUGUUUAUUUGUCCUCCAUACCCUCGGGGAACAUCACUGCAGGAGCCCUUUGCAGCUCACACUUCAACAGGUGCUCUAUGUAGUGACAACAACACUGUCCGUAGGCGCGUCUACAUGACACAAGCCUACAUGAUUGGGCAGAAAUAACGGGCAUAUGCAUAUAGAUUUCUGUCACAUAAGGGUACACGGAGCGAUCAUGCUUACUGCUGGUUUAGGCUGAAUCCCAUUUUCACUGUCUUACCCCUACCGAGUGGUAAGGACUAGGGGUGGUUACGGUUACGUCAUCAUACAUCGUCGCUAGCUUGCUGCCAUGGAGUCCAUUCAAGGCUAGUCAGACAAAUACGGGACUGUUGUGCAAAUCAGCUAAUGUAACGUUAGCGUAGCGAACUAGCAGUUUUAAAAAUAAUGUUUCAAUGAAGAACAUGGUUGCAAAUAUAUACGCGCAGGACUGUGUAGAGCACAAAACAAGACUGUCGUAAUUUGUAAAUCAAAUCUUUAAGCCAAAAAUACUCGGGUACAAGUAAGCUCGUGAAAAUGCUUGGUCCUCUUAGCCCUACCCCUCGAUCAAAACAGGAAUUGGGAUAGCGCUUACUCUCACGUGAACGUGCAAAACUAAGGGGAAGGAAAUGGGAUUCAGCCUAAGGUUACUUCAUUAUAGAUUUACUGUGGUCCUCCUCCUCCUCCUCUCCUCCAGUUCUUCCUACUUUUACGUUUGAACCUGGAUCCACUUUCUCUUCCACAUAUGAAGGAUGGAGCUCCCUGUUUUCCACACUGAGAGCUGUGUGUGUGUGCACUGAGUCCAGCGGUAUUAUUAGUAGAGACAUUAGUGACCUCUUGGUGUAAUCCAGAACAACACGUAUACACUGAUUGAGCCCCCCUUAUUUUUUGUUUUUUUUUUUUGUUUUUAGUUUCCAGUUAGUUUUGUGAGAAAGUAAAAAAUGCUGUACAUGUCGCGUAAAAGUGUAUGUCUAGAUUUCACGUCACUGUAUUUCUUUGAGUUGGUCAGAAAUGUAAACCCUAAGUUUGUCAUUUUUCCUCUUCCAUUCUAUUUGUAGAAUUUGCUUUUCAUUCUUUUUGUUUUUCUUAUUUAUGUUGUAAACGAAAGGGAGGAUAUUGAUAUCCAAAGUCUUAUUUGUUUGUGUGGCAGCAGUUUUUUUUUUUUUUAGAUAAUAUAAUCUUAUAACAAACAGGCUGAUUAGUUAGGGUAUCAUUUUCCAGAAUACCUUCAGAAUUACUACUCUUUUUGUUACACUCCAGCUCUGCUGAAGUGGAAUAUACAGGAUCAUUUUGGUUGUUUGUGUCAGAAGUUCAGGAAAUUGAACCCAACAGGCAAAUUUAUUCCUCAAUCAAACACUUUGUUUAUGUAUUUGUACAUAUCAUGACAAUAAGUCUCUUCCAUGGCAAGCCUUCUAUCACAAAAUUUCAAAGGUUGUUUCAGGGAAUUUGCAGGUUCAUAAAUAAUCAAAGAAAAAGUCCCCAAUUAGCUCAGUUUGAGGCCAUAAGAAUAGAGCUAAAUCAAGUGAAUGCAGGUUUCUUCUCUUACAUCAGUACAGUUAAAGGCGCUGACACGCCCAGCCGAUAAUCAGCCGUCUGACAGUCUGGCGAGGUCGGUCGUCAGCCGGAGGAGCUGUCGGCAUCCAUUUGGGCCGAUUUGACAUGGUGAAUCGGAAGGCAGGCAGUCGGACUCAAUGACCAAUCUGAUUGGUGGAGUGCUA